AUGCGCCUUCUCGCUGGCGUCGGUUCGUCCGAGUCCAAUCAAGUCCAGACUGCCUACAAUGCCUUCCAUCAGUUUGCUUCCGGCAUCUGGGGCGAUAUCACUUCCAAGGUCGUCCUUCUACCUUUUGCUGAUGGCCAAUUCACCCGACAACAACUGUGGAUCCGGAACUUGAAGGAGUUUGACAAAAAAGCCAAGGAUUGGGCCCACCUGAAGAUCUACCUCGAUCCCAACUUCGGCAAUCCUUACAUCCUCAACAAACCUGGGAAGACUGGGUCCAAGACCUACAAGACUCGCAUGCGGUUCGGGAUGGACACUGCCCCUCCCAUUCUCAUGCAAGAACUUCGCUCCGUCUUGUCCAGUGAGCCUCGGGCGGGCGUCUUCCCGACUCCGAUCCAGGUUUCCGACAUGGUCCGGCUUGGCUUCCUCCCGUUGCUACCACAAGAAUUGGCGAUUGGUCCGUACUGCAAAGACUUGAUGCGUCUCUGCGACUUCCAGUACCCAAUCGGCCUCAUGCAAGAAUGGGUCAACAAUCCACGGUUCUUCUCUGCCAAAUUCACUGGGUCUUCUCGAGGACUCCUGUGCUGGCACGUCUUUGUUCCAAAAGCCUUCGCUCGCGAGGCUGACCUGAUUUUGGCUGCAAAUUUGGACCUACGUAAGCCCAGUUGUGCUCCCUUCCAAGCACCGACCCAUUACACCAGAGAUUGGCAGGCGGCGAAAGACGAAUUGGUCCUUGGCAAACAGUGCCCACAGCUUCAGUCCUUGAUCGAAACCAUGCGGGAAAGGACUCGGGCGACGCGGGUUCUGACUGCAAUCUACCGGAUUCCCAUCGAACUCCCGGGCAUGCUGACUUCUGCUGCAACUGAGAACUUUGGAAGGCUCACCCUCCUACGACUCCUUCUUGCCGUCAUCGUCACGGGCGCCCAGGCCAAGAAGGCGGAGGAUGCAGAACCCAAGAAGCCACCGACCAAGGCCCUAGACGUGCUGAGUGAUAGCGAGUCGUCUGGUGACGACGAUGAUGAUGACAGUCCCCCGACCUUCGAGUGGACCACUCAAAAAGUCUUUGGUUGCUUCCACUCCAAAACCUGUGGAGGACAAGAAAAAGUCCCUCCUCAUGGCACCCAAGUCUCCCGAGGACGACGAUGCCUGGAUCGACCAGCUUGCUCAGAUGGACCUCUCCAACGACAGACCAAGCCCUCUGUUCGUCAUGAUCUUACCAGCCGAGGAAGAUGGAUGCUAUUUUGUGGUGGUUCGCCAGCGCUAUCUUCCCCUUGCGAUGAACGGGCUCGACAACCUGCCGUCCUUUCUCCAGUUUCACCUUGGCGAGUCGUCGUUCCCCAAUUUUAUUCGAGUAAUCAAGAACUGGUCAGCUACCGACCUCGCCUACCAGAAUCACAAGCUUCAUGUUAA